UAGCCACUUCAUGGGUCCGGUAUGAAAUCCAAAUAUCGAAAUUUGUGGCUAAUAUCUGAGUGGCAGCUGCUGCCAUGCCCACAUAGUGGACAUCGAACCUCUGCGCAGAGUUACGACUGACAGCGAAGCAUCGAACGCCUGAAUUCGAAUCCCACAUGUGGGAGUUGAAGCGCUGAGGCUUGCCCACAUGUGGGAGCCAACCGUUUGACAUGCCCACAUGUGGAGAGCGACCACAUGCGGGCCAGAAUAAUGGCUAUGCUCACGUUCUCCUCCCCGAUUGAUGUUCGCUGGCGGCAUCAAGCAUGGACCUUAAACUCAGACGGCCUACCAACCAGUUCGCCGAGGCUGUAUCAUGUCAUAUGUCGAUUUGCACAUACGGAUGCGUUGGUCCACAUCUCCACCAUGUUCCAUGCAGCGCGCCCUAGAGGUCUCCUCGGUAGACUCUGCGAUGCUCAUCGUCGGGGUACAAGCUGCACGAAACUUCAGAGAGAGCAUUCCCGUCGGCGAUGGCACGUGGUACGACAUGUGGGCUCGGUGCAAGAUACGAGACCCUGCGCCACCGUCGUAUGCGUCGCACGAAUUCUCCAGAGGGCUGGAGUCUGUGCCGCAGCCGAGGGCCCUUCAAACGCCGGUGGACAGCGCACCUGACAGUGCCGGCGCCGCAUCACUUCUCUCCUCAACGGCGGCACGAACGUACGAAUCCACGCAGACAACUCGAUCAUCCGAGGUUACUCAUCGUUGCGAAGGAUGCACCAGAGCAGAGGCGGUGUGGCGUCCUGCUGAAUCCACCCACGGCGAUGCCGUGCAGCAGGAUGACUGUGAGGAGGACUCCGGAAUGGAGGACUCUGACGAGAACGAUGCUGGCGUGUUGUGCCGAUUCGGAAGCCCCUGCGGUAGACGACUGAUGGACACCACGCUCGAAGGGACCCAAAGCGAUGAAAGCAGUGACGCCUCAGGUUACUCCAGCGACGUCACUUUGGAAUGAAGGGAGAUAUUGGCACAGAGCAGUGGUACGGGUACUUGGUGACUAGAUGUUCCCUGCUUGCAAAUCGUGGUGCUAGGGAGUCCGUGGAUUGAGAGUGUGUACUGUACGUUUUGAUGUGUCGGUUUUUUUACGCUGCGGAUUGUCACUUGAAGAGAUUCGUCUAUGAACCAGUACCAUACAUACGAAGUUUGCUUCGCCU